GGGUCAUGUGACCGGUGCCGGUCCGGGUCAUGUGACCGGUGCCGGUCCGCCCCCUCACGGAUCACUGGGGUCCUGGGCUCUGAGGUUUGGACCUGCAGAAGAAGAAGAUGGAGGAGGCUUCAUCACUCAACCACUCCUCUUCCUCGCUGAAGGAGCUCUCUCAGGCAGCCGUGCAGCUCAUCCACUGGAGGGAACCCAAGAAGUCGGCGGUGGCGUUCAGCGUGUCCCUGGUGGUCCUUGUGGCGAUGGCGACGCUGUCGGUCAUCAGCGUGAUGUCCUACCUGCUGCUGGCCUGUCUCUGCGUCACCAUCACCUUCAGGGUUUACAAAUCUGUGAUCCAGGCGGUCCAGAAGUCCAACGAGGGUCAUCCGUUUAGGUCUCAGCUGGACCGGGACAUCUCCGUGUCCUCAGAGUCGGCCCGGCUGCUGGCUGAACAGUGCCGGACUCAGCUGAACCGGUUCAGCGUCCAGACCAGGAGGCUCCUGCUGGUGGAGGACCUGGUGGACUCUCUGAAGGUUGGGCUUAGUGGGACGAGCGUUGGUCCGUCGGUGCAUCCGCCGGGCCUCAGCUGGGUUCUGUUUCUGUUGCAGCUGGCGGCGGUCAUGUGGCUGAUGACGUACGUCGGCGCCAUGUUUAACGGCGUCACCAUACUGAUCCUUGCUGAUGUCCUCUUCUUCACUGCACCGCUGAUCUACCAGAAGAAGAAGAGUCAGAUCGAUCGACACGUGGAGCUGCUCCAGUCCAACCUGGAGAAAGUUCUGCAGAGGCUGCAGGACAAGUUACCUGGAGCUGUAAGGAGGACCAAAGCUGACUGACACCUGAGGAUCCUCUCAUAGUCCAGUUCUCAACUGAUCCUGAAGAAAUAAAGAGUUCUGAUAAAACA